AUGCCACCUUGUGCAGCGGAGUUCUUCAUCAUUGUCUCUACCGGCUACUUCAUCCAGAUCCCCUUGCUGCACGAGGUGGCCGUCAGCGGCGGCACCAUGCUCAUCAUCUGCAUGCAGGCGGCACUGUGCCCGCACCACUUCCUGCCCGAGUGUGGCGGGCAUGGGAGGCUUGAGCAGGGUGGGCAGGGGAGGGAGGGGGAAGGGAUAGGUCAAUCCAAACCCAAGCAAAAGACCGAGACCCUGAACCGAAAAACCACCACCUCAGCGAGCGUGAAGGAGACCUUUGUCCUGAGCAGCCUUGUUCUCCUGGUCGGUGGUACUACCGUUGCAUCCAUGUUCGACACCGGCCCUUCGGUCUGCAGGCUGGCAGUUAAAGUGCCCGUGCUUCAUGGACCAAUUGUUGUCCGCUCCCAAAGCUCCCAGCCAGAACGCAUUCGGGGAUCGUUCCAAUUGCACAUUUUGAAGUCGGCGGCAAAGCUGAUGGUGUGUCGCAAAGGCACACUUCGUUUGGACUUGGAUUGA